UGUUGUCCCUCAGACCACAGUAAUACUGAACAACGACCGGCAGAAUUCAAUUGUAGCCAAGAUGGUUGGGCAGGAAGAGCCACUGAGCAGAGCAGCGGAUUCUCUGGAAAAUAUCCUUAGCAAUGCUGUUCCUGGACGUAGGCAGAACACCAUAGUGGUGAAAGUUCCAGGGCAUGACGACAGUCACAAUGAAGACGGAGAGAGUGGCUCUGAGGCCAGUGACUCAGUUUCCAACAGCGGACAAUUAGGAAGCCAAAGUAUUGGGAACAAUGUCACUCUUAUUACGCUGAACUCUGAAGAGGAUUACCCCAAUGGGACAUGGCUUGGAGAUGAAAAUAAUCCUGAGAUGCGGGUCCGUUGCCCCAUCACCCCUGCUGACAUGCUGCACAUCAGCACGAACUGCCGCACAGCCGAGAAGAUGGCGCUGACAUUGCUUGAUUAUCUCUUUCAUCGGGAAAUUCAGGCCAUCUCCAACCUUUCAGGUCAGGGGAAGCAUGGGAAGAAGCAACUUGAUCCUCUCAUGAUUUACGGAAUUCGCUGUCACCUAUUUUACAAAUUUGGAAUCACCGAAUCUGAUUGGUAUCGAAUCAAGCAAAGCAUAGAUUCCAAAUGCCGAACAGCUUGGAGGCGGAAACAGCGAGGGCAGAGUCUUGCCGUGAAAAGCUUUUCAAGGCGAACACCCUCAUCAUCAUCUUAUAAUGGUUCAGAGGGUUCACAGAGUUCAGUUUCAGCUUCUAAUGAGAUCCAGCAGAACCAGCCACAGGCACUACACUAUGCGUUAGCCAAUGCUCAGCAGGUUCAGAUCCACCAAAUAGGAGAAGAUGGACAAGUCCAAGUAGGCCAUCUCCACAUAGCCCAGGUUCCUCAAGGGGAGCAAGUCCAAAUCACGCAGGACAGUGAGGGAAACUUGCAGAUACAUCAAGUUCACGUGGGUCAAGAUGGGCAGGUGUUGCAGGGUGCUCAGCUGAUAGCUGUUGCUUCUGCUGAGCCUGCAUCAGGGGGUGUUGAUGGAUCCCCGCUCCAAGGGAGUGAUAUCCAAGUCCAAUAUGUGCAGCUGACACCGGUGACAGACCACUCUGCGACUAAUCAAGGCACUGAUACCCUUCAAUCAGCAAUCCAGCCAGAAAUGCAGAUAGAACACGGAGCAAUCCAAAUUCAAUAAGAGAAUUGCAAAAAGCUGCAUCAACCGAGAUGUCAGUGGACCACAGUCAGAAGUUAAGUGCUGUCGUCUUCAUGCAACAACAGGAGAAUGGAGAUGCCUAUUAGACUAAAGGUCACACCUCGAACAUCUCCUGCAAAUAGCAGAGUUCUGAUGAGCUGGUUGUCCUCACCUGGAAUAAAUGAGACCCAUUUACUUAAAUUGGAGCUACAUCACUACAUCGAUUGAGGAUCUGGCCUUCAGAAAAAAUAAAUGGCCUGCCCUUAGGUACACUUAAAGAGGAAAAAAAAAAUCUUUCAGAAAGAGGGAAAGAAAUCUAAUGAAUCAAAACUGUGAGACUAAAUUAAUGUUUCAUCCCGUUCAUUUCUUCUGUGAAUACGCCAUUUGAAUGUCUGCAGAUAUCUUAGGAAGUGUAUUGCUGCUUUGCAAUACUUGCUUUACCACAUAUAGAAGAUCAAGAGCUCAAAUAUUUUUCACUGUUUAAAUAGCUUUUUUUAUUUGCUAUGGUGUUUAUAACAAAAAUGGAAAAUAUUUAAAAAAAGAAAAAUCCC